UCAGCUGAUCCUAAAGCUAAUGCUAAAGCUAAGCAAGUAGUCGGACGGUUCUGACGAUCGGACAAGAUGCCUUUCUCUGAGCUUUACUUUAACGUCGAUAACGGCUACCUCGAAGGCCUGGUCAGGGGGUUUAAAGCUGGAAUACUGUCUCAGGCUGAUUAUUUAAACCUUGUUCAAUGUGAAACCCUCGAAGACCUGAAACUUCACCUGCAGAGCACAGACUAUGGCAGCUUCCUGGCUAAUGAGGCUUCACCUCUCACUGUGUCUGUCAUUGACGACAAGCUGAAGGAGAAGAUGGUUGUGGAGUUUCGCCACAUGAGGAACCAGUCGUAUGAGCCACUGGCCAGCUUCAUGGAUUUCAUCACGUACAGUUACAUGAUUGAUAACGUCAUCCUGCUCAUCACGGGAACGCUUCAUCAGCGGGCCAUCUCCGAGCUGGUACCAAAGUGUCACCCGCUUGGAAGCUUCGAGCAGAUGGAGGCCGUCAACAUCGCUCAAACGCCAGCUGAGCUGUACAAUGCCAUUCUGGUGGACACACCCCUUGCUGCAUUUUUCCAGGAUUGUAUAUCUGAGCAGGAUUUAGACGAAAUGAACAUUGAAAUCAUCCGGAACACACUCUACAAGGCUUAUCUCGAAGCAUUCUAUAAAUUCUGUUCCAACCUGGGAGGAACCACAGCUGAUACCAUGUGUCCCAUCCUGGAGUUUGAGGCUGAUAGAAGAGCCUUCAUCAUUACCAUCAACUCAUUUGGCACAGAGCUUUCCAAAGAGGACCGUGCCAAGCUCUUUCCCCACUGUGGCAAGCUAUACCCAGAAGGCCUUGCUCAGCUGGCCCGGGCUGAUGACUAUGAGCAGGUCAAGGUUGUGGCUGAUUAUUAUCCUGAGUACAAGCUGCUGUUUGAGGGUGCUGGCAGCAACCCCGGUGACAAAACACUGGAGGAUCGCUUCUUUGAGCAUGAGGUAAAGUUGAACAAACUGGCUUUCCUCAACCAAUUCCAUUUCAGUGUUUUCUAUGCUUACGUCAAGCUGAAGGAGCAGGAGUGCAGGAACAUUGUCUGGAUUGCUGAGUGCAUUGCCCAGCGACACCGUGCAAAGAUUGACAACUACAUUCCUAUCUUUUAAGAGUCACACUUUCCUUUACAGCCAGCCCCAUGUCAUUUGGCUCAGUCUGUCCACUCCCACCCUGGUGUUAAAGCAUCUGAUGCCUCCAUUCUUUAGGUGUUGAUGUGAGUUGGUACAGAAGUCUUCAUUCAUUGGUUAUUGGCAAAGCACUAGUGAUAAUCUUGUAAUGCAUUAUAUAUUAUUCAUAGCAUUUUAUUAUAAAUAUUCUUUAUGAUAACAGGUUGUGGAAAGAAUUUAACAGUUUAGAUGGCUGACUAAUAGAAACAUGACUCGAGUCAUACUUUGGAGUUAUCUGCAACAUUUGUAGAUUAAAAGUUCCUCGUAAAAGACCAAUAAUGGAAACAUUACAUAUAAGAGCCAAUAAUAAAAGGUUUACUUUAGAAGUUACUGUUUUACAGACUUGAAACGUUUGUGUCGUCAGAGUUAGUCAGCCUUAUUUUAAAAACACAAUCAUUUGUAAUGUUUUCAGAUGGACUCCUCUGGUGCCCUCAAUAACAUAAUCAGGAAUCAAAAUUGAAAAAGUGCACAGACAGUCAAGAUGUCCUUCACUUGAAAGUAAAAGCUAAUUCCCUUCUGAGAUACUUUUCAUCCCCAGGCUCACUAACAAUUGACGGUACCGUGUAGCAUGUGUUUUGAUUCAUCAGCUCGGCAAUCAGUAAAAUGAAAUCCACGAGUACCCUGAGCAUCUAUCAGAAGAAAACAUUCAGCAUUAAAACAGAGUAAAAUGUGAGUCAUUAUCUUCUUGUUGGCUAACUUGAGUGUUGUUUGAUAUAAAAUGUGUAAUAGAACGUGAGUUUCCAUUCUGUAUCAAACCUGUUGUGUGAUAUGUUUGAACUCUAGAAUGAUGCAUGUUAUUGUAAGUGUAUGAAAGAUAUAACUAUAAAAAAGGAUAGUUCUUUUUUUGACAAUAUCCAUUUGAUCAUAUUUUCCAUGCUGUACAAAUUGCUUCAUGUCCAUUUUGUUUCCUGUGAAUUGUGUUGUAAAUGUUACAAAAAAUAAACAAGACUGCACAUGUA